AUUUAUAUCAUAUUUCUUAGUUAGUUCACGAGUUAGCUGCGUUUCAAAGCUUUCUGAAACCAAGUUAUCAAAGCUAUAUAUUUUUUGACGUUGAAGAUAAUGGUUCUUGCGUGUAGUCAAGAGCCAAUCUGGACAGAACACAGCAGACAGAGUUAUAUCAAACCAGAGACAAUUUCGGAAUACGUUCUUGUUUCAAAUCCAACGAAAAUCGAGAUGGCAGCAUCAAGCGUAUAUGGAACUUUACCUCGAGCGCCGAAACUUCACCGACGCCAGAUGAGCGAGGCUUCACUCCCGAUAAAAUAUCACACCGCUCCCGAUGUCAAAGAAAGAAAAAAGUCGUUUUUUGCUGGACUUGCUAAUAAAAUAAAAUACGCCGUCGAUGGUAAACCAAGCAACCAGUUUCAUAGAAAACUACAAUGGUCACCAAGCGAGGACAUAACCAGUAGCACUGGUAACCUACACAGGGAAUACUCACCAAUGCCGGAUCGUAAAAGCCAAGACCGACCACACAGAUUAUGGACCCGGGGACUUGAAAGCGUAUAUGCAAGCCAGCGUAAGCACUCAACAUGGAAAAAACCUAUUUCAACUAAAAAGGGAUCUAUCGCUUCGCCCGAAUUUGCGAGUUGCACUUCUUCAGACUGUUCCAGUCCCACGUCUUCGGUCCCAUCAAGCCCGGAAAGCCACCGAUCGUUUUUAACCGGCAACGCCAAACGGGCACGCCGAUCCCGUAAUUCAAAUAAUAAUGGAUAUAUUUCGAAUCGUGAUAGUUUUGGAAGUCAAAGUCCAAUAGAAGAAACUAAAAAAUCGGCGGGAAAUAAAAUCCUCAUCGUUGGCGCCGAAGGCGUAGGAAAAUCAGCCCUCACUGUGAGAUUUUUGACGAAACGAUUCAUCGGAGAAUACGCUCCAGAAAUCGAAUCCAUCUAUGACCAAGCAAUCAACCUCGACGGCAAAGACGUAAAUGUUCAUCUUUGGGACUCAGCGAUUCCGGAUAUUCAUCAGAAACCACACGACGAAAGCGCAAACAGCGACAAUUCUACAUUAUCUCAAUCAUCAUCACUCAUGUCCGUUACGUCAUCAGGAGACUCUUGUCGCCUUAGCAACAGAUUCUCGAGCAGUAGUCUCGAAGACGAAACUGUAGCCGCGAACAAUAAUACUCUUUCACGAAAGAACAAACUACGUCAUACAAUCAACAAAACCAUUCGACGAUUCCGUAGCGCGGAGGGAAGUGACGACACCGAUGAUGACACCAUUACGUCAUCAACACAAAACUUAACAGAAGCUGAACGUCGCCUCCGAUGGGCCGAUGCAGUAGUUGUAGUAUACAGUAUUUGCGACCAAUCAUCCUUCGAAGCUGCCCGUGACGUCAUUCGUUACAUCAGACAAACCGAAGCUGUUGAAAUUUGCCGCCAAGGUUCGAAUCUCGACCUUGCCGCAUCCCGAAUUCCAAUUUUACUUCUUGGAAACAAGAAAGACUUAGAACACCGAAGGCGAGUGGACUCAAAUGAUGCCAAAAAACUUGCCUCAGCAUUCGCAUGUUCAUUCACCGAGCUAUCCGUAUCCGACAGUUACGAACCAAUUUCUGAAGCCAUGAAAGAACAUUUGAAAUAUGCGCGAAAAGUCGCGAAACAUCGCGAUGGUUUUAAGUCUAAAUCACGUAAAAUGAGACGGUAAAUGGUUACAAUGUUCAACUGUUUUUGGUUUCUACUGUGUUUUUAAUUUCGUCAAAAACUUCUUUGACGUUAAAUCCUAAAAUUGGUGUUUUUUGACCUAAAAUUUAAACAAAUAAUUAAUAUAAAUGAGAUUAAAUAUUCUUCUAGCGUUUUUAUCUACUUUUCCGAUUAUUUUUUGUUUUUAAAAAGUUCCUGUUUGCGCUUUUUUCUGUUGAAAUUUGUUUUGUGUUUUUAUUCUAUAUAAUACUGCAAACGUAGCUGUAGUCAUUAAUCAACACUUUAACAAGCCCUGUUUUGUUUUAAAACAUUUUCAAUUAAUUUUUCAAUAGUUGAAGAAAAAAUUGAAAAUUAAUUUUAACACUAAACAUGGAAGUAUAUAUGACGGUUUGUUUUUCAACAAAUAAAAUUAAUUGGUGUUUUCCCGCCAAAAGUUCAUCAACUAAACAUGUGAUAAACAUUUGGCGGGAAUAUAUUUAUAUUCAUGUAUAAUCAUGUCAAUUGUGCGUUAUUCUUUUUUUUUUUUUAAUAAUAAACAUUUUUGCUUGCAUCAAAAAUCUUACUCUUCAAAAAUCCCCCCUCUCCCCCCCCCAAAAAAAAGUAGAUUAAUGCACACUUGACAUUACUGAGUUAGAAUUUAUCUUUGAGUUAAUUAUGGUAACAUGUUUGACCAUACCUGAACUUCUAGUAACUUCAACUUCACCCCAAUAGUCAACAACGUAUGGUUACCUUGCCUGAAUUCUUUCUUUCGUUGUUCUUUCUUUAUAUGUUGGCGUCUCCAACUGCUAUGUUUUCUUUAUUGGCCCGAUGUUAUGGUUUUUGUGGGUCGGCGAUCCACUGUAUACAAUAAACAAAAAAGAAAAGAAA